AUGACCGCAACACUGUUCCUCCGCUCCUCAACCUCCUGGACGUCCGACCUGCUACAAAAGGCCAAACGCUCGGCGCUCGCGUCGCCAGUGCCCUGGUGGCUCUUUGGCACGGCGGGACUUGUUGCCACGACGCUCACUGUGGGCGCGGCGGCGCGUCUGACGCGCACGGGGGCCUCGCCACUGUACUGGAAACCGCACAUGUUGCACGCGCCGCGCUCGGAAGACGACUGGCGCGACGAGUUUAACGUGUAUAGGGCCUUUUGUGCGCGCUCGCAACGCACGUCAAUGACGCUGGACGAGUUCAAGCGCAACUACAAGUGGGAAGCGGCGCACCGCCGACUCGGCCAAGCGACAGCGCUGUCGUUUGUCGGUCCAUUGGCGUACUUUGCCCUAAAGCGCCGUCUGCCAGCGCCGGCGCAGGCGCCGCUGGCACUGAUUACAGGACUCGGCGCCCUGCAGCUCUAUGUGGGCCGUGCAAUGGUCGAACGCAAUGUCCACCGACGGGCGGCACCCGACGACGACAGUGCGACGUUUGAAGGCGCGACGUUCUUCCUACCAGUUCAUUCGGCGCUGUCGCUGGCGAACUUUUCGCUGCUGGUUUGGACGGGACUGAGCAUUGUCUCGCCCGUGUCCCGCGCGGUAUCGCUGCGUGGGCUCCUGACGCCCAGUGCCCUGCACGACGUGGGCAAAGUCCACACGUACUUUACGGCGCUGACGGGUCUGGCGGCGACGACGAUUGUGGCUGGCGCAUUGGUGGCGGAGAUUGACGGCGGUCGCGAGUUUCAGACGUUUCCCAAGAUGGGCGACCGGUGGAUUCCCCACGGACUGUUUGAGCAACAGCCGUGGCUGCGCAAUUUCCACGAUAAUGUGGCGCUCGUGCAGUGGGACCACCGCCUGUUGGCGCUAGGGACGCUGGCGGCCUAUACGGCGGUGUUUCUCCAGGCCCGCAAGCCGCGCGUGUGGUCGCACUUGCCGGAAGAUGCCAAGCGCGCCCUGAUGUUGGCCAUGGCGGCCGUGGGCGGACAAGUCGCGAUGGGCGCGACGAUGCUGGUGAAUGGCGUGCCGAAGCCCCUGGCGAUGGUGCACCAGAGCGGCGCAGCGCUGGUGCUGGGCUCGUCGCUGUGGGUGCUGCAUGCACUGCGCUUUGCGCGUCCAGGAGGUCUCAUGGGCGCGGCGGUCGCGAGUGCGGCGGCCAAGAUGUCGUUGUAG